GCUCAGCACCCCCUCGCUGCAUCACUAACGCGUACAGUAACGAUUAUUUAGUAAAAAUUGCCGAAAUUGCCUAAAUCGACUAAAUUUAGGUAGCGGCGCUUCAUCUUUACUGAAUAUUACAGGUAUCCACAUUUUGUUUUUCAUACAAGGCACGUGUUUCCCGCGUUUGGCGCCUAUCUGGAGCAAGUUUAAAAAUAUUGUAAAAUUAACAAAUUCAGCAAAUAUGGCGUCGCUUUUAGUCACUCAAUCGAUGCGUUCUGCCGUCGACGCGCGCUCGCGCGUUUUGCUAGCUGAGACAAAGAAACGCUCAACGCGUCCUUUCUUCAGCUCGCUGUAGGCCUAAUUCCCUUAAUCCUAUCAUAUUUUACAGCUCUUCUUUCCAACGUUCUUUUUCUAUCUGUAUGGCUAGUGCUACCGGGAUGCCUGCUCCUACUUCGUCACAACAAACUUCCUCAUCUGCCUCUUCCACAAAUGGUCAUGAACAAAUGUUCACAGUUGAACAGAUCGAACUUAUCCGUCGUCUACGAAAUUCUGGUAUGACCAAGGACCAAAUACUCAGCGCUUGGGAUAUUUUGGAUCGCGUCGAUUCUCAACUCGGACAGGUUUACAAUAUUCCAGUUUCUUAUGCUAAUCAAUUACAAGCCGCCGUAACCUUGAUGGGAGUUCAAAACGCUAUACACAGUACUUUACAACAGCAGCAAGCUCAGCAACUACAACAACAGCAUAUACUAGACGCUUCGAAUGCUCGACAAGUUCGUAAGCGUUCGGCAGAAAAUGCAAAUUUAACUCCAACAGAUAACUUGGUCACAAGCGCAAUGUCUCAAACAGCCAACGAACAACCUAUAGCAUUUUCAAGAGGUGCUAAUUCUGAAUCUCAACCUGAAGUCAAUAUCUCAAACUCAAACGGAGCAUCUUCCGAAACUCCACAGUCAAAUCAAACAGAAAUAUCUAAUCUCCUACAACCACAAGCUAUGACCGCCCAACAACAGAUGCAGCAAAUGCUGCAAUUACAACAAAUGGCUCAAAUAUCCAACGAAGAAUUUGAAAAUAGUCAAGAAUUGAAAGAGUUUUUAGCUCAGGGGGAAAUUAAGUGUUGCGAAGAGAUUAAAAACUUUGUUGUUAAGCACAACAUUAAACAACAUCAAAUUGCUUCUCUCGCUGGACUAAGUCAAAGUUAUAUCAGCCGAUAUUUUAGAGGUGAUCCAGUUGAAAUGUCCUUACGAAGUCGUCGAGCCAUUUAUAAAUGGUACUUAACGUUUAAAGACUUUCCCGAAGCAAUUGGACCAGCCGUAAGCAUGACACUUCUCACAGGAACUCCCCCUACCAAAAAUAUGUUGGGACCAUUAGAAGCACAGGCAAGUCAACAGCAAAGUCCAAGUGAAUUUACAUAUCCGAAACGUGAACGCUUUGUGUUCAGACCAUGUCACAUUGAAGUAUUAGAAAGAUCUUAUGAAGCUGAUAAUUAUCCAUCAAUAGAGAAAAGAGAAGAAAUCGCUCGAACUUGUAAUGCUACCUUAGAAAGCAUGGCAGGUCGAGCAGUUACAGACAGAGAAAAAGUCACAACGCAAACAGUCACAAAUUGGUUCGCUAAUCGAAGGAAAGAGAUGAAAAAAAUUGCUCGAGAAGAUACUGAUUCUUUAGUCAAGCAGCGUGUUCGAAACAAACUUCCAUCCUUUUCAGGCAAUGGGUCUGACAGCGUAACCAAUUCCCCUCAGCAGGUUACAAAUUAUUCAUCUGAAGAAGUAUCUACUGAGAAACCUUCAUCAGGGAAAAGUCAAGAAUUAACUAAAGAACAAGAAGAAGAGAUGCAACAACGAGUCGAGUUCGCAGCAGUGAAUCAAGCAAUACUCGCCUUAUCGGGAACAGCUCCUAUUAUUUUGAAAUCGGAAAGCAACGAUGAAGCUGAGAUGGAAUUAUCAGAAAAUUUAAAGAAUUUCGUUGAAAACGAUUCCGAAAACAGGGAAAUAUAG